AUGGAGCUAGACAGGAUCCCCAUAAAACUUGACCCCAGGUAUACGACGGAGCUUCUGGAGCUACUAGAAACCAAUUACAGCAUCCACUCUGCCUGCUUCUCUCACCCUCCCACUGCAUCCCAGCUCCUGCGAGAACUGGGCCCUACAGAAGUCGCCCUCACAGCCAUCAUGACCAUGCUUGCUAUGGGCUCCAUCAUCAUCUUCCUGGAGGAUGCUGUUUACCUGUAUAAGAAUACCCGUUGUCCCAUCAAAAGGAGGACUCUGCUCUGGAGUAGCUCUGCACCCACGGUGGUGUCUGUACUCUGCUGCUUUGGUCUCUGGAUCCCUCGCUCCCUUACACUCGUAGAAAUGGCCAUCACCUCUUUUUACGCAGUGUGUUUUUACCUGCUGAUGCUGGUUAUGGUGGAAGGCUUUGGUGGGAAGCAAGCAGUACUGAGGACACUGAAGGACACCCCCAUGAGGAUCCACACGGGACCCUGCUGUUGCUGCUGCCUCUGCUGCCCACCCCUCAUGCUCACCAGGAAGAAGCUUCAGCUGCUAAUGUUGGGCCCGUUCCAGUAUGCUUUCCUCAGGAUAACGAUGAUUGUGGUGGGCCUGUUUCUCAUUCCUGAUGGCAUCUUUGACCCAGCAGAUAUUUCUGAGACAAGCACGGCUCUCUGGAUCAACACUUUACUCGGGGUGUCCACCCUGCUGGCUCUCUGGGCCCUGGCCAUCAUUUUCCGUCAAGCCAAGCUGCACCUGGGUGAGCAGAACAUAGGAGCCAAAUUUGCUCUGUUCCAGGUGCUCCUCAUCCUGACUGCCCUGCAGCCCUCUAUUUUCUCAGUCUUGGCCAGUGUCGGGCAGAUUGCUUGUUCACCUCCCCUCUCCUCUAAAAUCAGGUCUCAAGUGAUGAAUUGCCACCUGCUUGUACUGGAGAGUUUUCUAAUAACGGUGUUGACACGAAUGUACUACCGGAGGAAAGACGACAAGGUUGGGUACGAGCCUUUCUCUUCUCCAGACCUGGGCUUAAACCUUGAAGCCUGAGGCAGAUGG